AAUUCAAAGGUAAAUUUAAAUGGCAAACAAUUUCGUCGAAAUUUGCUCUGUUGCCGGAAUUGUUUUUUUACGAUUGAAUCAAUAACGAGUUGAUUAUUGGUUGGAAUUGGUAUGUGGCGAUGACAGUUGAUUGAUUGUGUGUGAAUUUAGCGAAACGGAAAAGGAACCAUUUGUUUUAGUUGUUGGUACUAUUUUUCGAUGACUUUUUUCGUUCAUUAUGUGUAUCUAUUAAACACCUCUAUUGUUGUAAUAACCAUAUCCUUAUCCUGUUUCGAUUUCGGCUCUUCCUCUAGUUCAAUGUUUGUGAACCGCAGCAAAGUGUUGACGCUAAUUGAAUUAAUAUUAUUGCGAGACGUUUAUUAUAUGUGCACGAGAAAAACCAGCUGUUGCAGACAAGAAAAAAAAUCCCAGGAGGAAACAUUGUUUUGAUUUUUUUUCAGUGAAUUGAUUCGUGGCGCUUUGUAAUCGAAUCAUAUUUCAUCGGGGAACCAAGUGUUUACGAAUAACAUAAACAAUCCAUUCCAUUUUGAUCCGAACAGAUAAAUUGUUUAGCCCAAGAGCAAUGAAAUCCAACAAACUUUCAAAACAAUACCAGGCGACGAUUUAUACCGCAAUUCCUAUGAUUUAUGGACCAAUAACGCAUAACAAUUUAAUCAAAACAUUUACAUUGGAACGAUAGUGACGGAUUUUAUUGCAGAAUUUUUUUUUUCACAAUUUCAUCAAUGAUGGAACUAGGAAAUGUAAUAAAUGUGUUGAAUCAGCCAAAACCACCAACAAUUUCGAUUAUGGACUUGGGGAAACAGCUAUUGGAAAGUGCUAGAGAGGGUCAAACAAAUAAAGUGCACGAUCUAAUGUGUCGUGGAGCACCAUUUACCACCGAUUGGCUGGGUAAAUCAGCGCUUCAUAUGGCAGCUGAGAAUAACCAUUAUGAAACUUGCGAAGUGUUGCUCAGAGCCGGUAUCAGCAAAGAUUCUCGGACGAAAGUUGAAAGAACACCACUGCAUUUAGCCGUUUGCAAUGGACACGAAGGUAUUGUCAAGUUGCUACUGGAUCAAAAAUGUGAUGUCAACGCUAAGGAUAUGUUGAAACAAACGCCAUUGCAUUGGGCUGUUGAAGAAGAUCAUCCGAACCUCGUAAAGCUGCUAUUGAAACACGGUGCUAAUCCAAAUGAUGUGUCAAAAGCGGGCGAAACCCCACUGUCAAUUGCACAGCAAUUGCGUUUCGAUGAUUUGGUGCGAUUCAUGACCACGUACAAGCAUCAAGCGAGCGUUAGCAUCGAGGAGCAGCAAGAAGCCACCGAAAGUCUUAUGCAGGAAAUGGAGAAAGAUAGUUUAGGUUCAUUUAAACACAGCGACAUAAGCCAAGAUUCUAUAUCAUGUGACGACAAUUCAUCGGCAACUAUCAACUUGCAAUCGAAUUUAAAUAAUUCCAGUCAACAACAGAAUUCUUCAACAUUACAACUGCUGCAGGAAGAACUAGCAGUUGAUGAUGCUAACAAUUUCCUUCAAUCAGCCUAUGCAUGCGGUCGACAAAUCAUUGUCACUGAAUUCGGUAAACAAAUGAUACUAAAAGUACAAAACUCAAAUGCAAAUGCAAAUGCAAAUACAACUCAAACGAUUCCAUCGAAUUCGGUGGCGGGCAAAAAUGGUGAUGUCAAACAAAAACCCGUUGGCAUUAUCAUGGCGAAUUCGUCAUCAACACCGAAAGUGCUAACGAAAUCGAAUAUCCUGAAAAAGAUCACGCCCGAAGAACUGAGCAAACUGUGCAGCGAGGGAAAAUUUAUCAAAACCGUGUCGAACACGCAAAACGUGUUGACUAACGGUGGCAUUCGAUUUCCGAAAUAUCGAUUGAUGCAAAAAGUAGGCAAUAGUGAUAAUACGAAUCUGCCAGCAGUGAAAGUAUUUAACAAGUCGGCAAUAUCGAAUAGUUCCAUUGGACCGGCAACAAUAACAACGGCCAAAAAGGUGGUGAUAAAAAGUGAGCCGCCGCAUUUGGCCAAUUUCACGACAACGGCAACAAAAGUUAAUGCGUCAAAUGUUGUUGCAAGUGUGCCCGUACGAAGUGAAACUGUUGAUCAGAAAAUGGUACAAAUUCCAAUGCCUGAUUAUCUCGAGUUGGUCAAGCAAAUCAGUCAAUUGAAAGAGUUAAAAGAGCGUGUGGCACGGCUUGAGGAGCAUUGUGAGAAAACUGGUGGAUUCAUACGGAAUCGAACAGCCACACAACAUUAACACGGUUCACACAACAAUUACAUGACUCGAUCGAAUAAAAGAAAAUUGAGUUACGCAUGUGGAUGCCUGCAAAGUAUCAGCCAUUCGAGCGGAUUUCCGAUUAUUGUUUCUCCCCUUCAUAUGUGAUCAGAAGUAGGUUCUAUGAACUUAGUCUGGUCAAUUCAUGCAAAAAAUCAUAUCCAUUUUGAACAAAAAAGAAAACAAAUCUUAAUGCAUCGUAUUCUAAUUUAAUAAAAUCAUUUAAUCACACUAUCAUCACUCAUUUCCGACCUGCCCCGCCUGCUCUUCGUACAAACAUCCAGCACACUCAUUUGCAUAUAUUCGUGCGCAUCAGCAAAUUCACGUCGAUUUGUUUUUGUGAAAUUAGUUUCGCCCAGCGGAAGUGAACAACAAGCAAGUUCGCUCAAUGAUCGCCUCCGAAUUUUGGUGCGAUGCCCAAAAUACAUGCUCAUAUACAAACAGAAAAUGAAGAAAAUGAAUCAAAUCAUGUUACAACCUAGGAUUUUUGCAUUUGUUAAUCCAUUUUUGACACGUUAAAAAACACUCUGAUUCGAUUAUAGAUUUGUUAUAUUGUACAUUUUUUUUAUUUAACAUAAAGCAUAAAACAACAAUCCCAUUUUGUACUCAGUAAGUCAUGUCUCUUUUUCAGAAUUAAGUAUAUUUUGAGAUAAAAAAAAAAUUAUGGAAUCAACCAUUUUUUUUUGAUAGCUGUUAAACUAAAACAAAACAAAUGGCAUAAUCAAGCGUUAUACAUGAAAAGUUACAAUGAAUAUUUUUGUAAAAAUGAAUAAAAAUUUUACAAUAUGAAAAAAAGAAAAAAAA